AUGGCGGGAUCCAAGAAGAACCUGCAGCUGGUUAAUCUGGGUCUUGAGAGGCGAAUAGAGAUCACCACAACAGAUGACAAACGCGAUCCAUAUGCCAGAUAUACCGAGGAGGAUAUCGAGGGUCUGCGUAAAUCGGUUCAAACACCCCAAAUGACCUGGCUUCAAAAUGAGAAACAGGUUCAUCUCGAUGCGUGGUCCAGUUUCCACCAGGAUGUCAAAAUGAAAGAAGGGGAAUUUACUGAUGGGCCUCAGAUGAUGAAUGGGCAGAGCCAUCGUGCUCACUUGCACUUCGACAUGCGCAGUAAGGAGGGACUCAUUUCUAGACAAACUACUGCGCGCCAGCAAAAUCGGUUCUUAACCGCUAGAAAGCAUCAUUUGGAUCCAUCGCUCGAUCCAGUAAAGUUCACAACAGGGAGGUCCAAACAAAUUGGCCCAAUACCUGGCUUAUCGAGGCGGCUAGUUGGCAAAGCCAAAGAAGGAAUCCGUUUUGAUCGGUCCAAAGGGGUGCAGGUCCAACGCCGUCCCAUCCGUUCUCCUACCAAACUCACCAUCAACACAUUGCCUCUAAACUAUGAAGUGAAAUUAGCCGAUCCAGUUUCUUGGCUGAGUUCUGUGAAGAACAAAACGGGCCAGCCUGAUGAGUCGACUCCACGACCUACUUCUGAGGUUGAAACGACAUUGAAUACCAAUUCAUCUACGGAGCCCCAGCUCGUUGCAAUCAAAUCUUCUAUAGCCACUAAAUCAGUGGCAACCACGCAGGCACCCGCAGUCACCAAGCCUGUCGUAAAAAUGCAGACAUAUGUGACCGUCACGUCAACUGCAGCGACGACUGCAACGGCUACGUUAACUUCAGUUAUGCAACCUGUUUCAACAACAAAGCCAACCGGAGCUUCCAAGCCCGUCUCGAAACUGGAAAAUCUUCUUUUUGGUUCGAAUCUUCCCCAGCCGCAGACCAACUGUUCCACCCCACGGGCUCAGCCCCAGCCUGCCAAAGAUGAUGACUUGCUACUCACUUUUGACAAUUCUCCAAAAAAGGCCGGACCAGAGCCACCAGGAGGUGCUUCAAAUCCAGAUAUGAUGGAACUUGAUGAUGAUGGUGACAAGGCUGACAGUGGUACAGCUGCAGCAAGCAUUCUCGAAAAGAAACUUGCUUGGAUCCAGGAACUUGGCUUCAUCAAUGACACAUUGGCGGAUUUCAGUCUUUCAGACAGCAAGAAAGUGAAGAAAUUGGAAGACAGGCGAAAGGAGUUGCAAGCUAUGAUCCAUGAAGGUUCUAAGCAGAAAUUUAGCAAAUCGCAGUUGACAAUAACUCGUCCAGAAAAGCUAAUUGAACUGUCGCCUACGCCACUACAAAAGGCAGUCACAGCUCAACCAUUUGUUCCGCCACCCAAACUCACGUUUCGUGAUGCCAAUGCUCCUGUGACCUCAGGCUUGCAAGCAUCUAGAUGGGCAGACUCAGACGUUGACAUGGCUACUACUCACAAAGAGUCACCGAAGAAGGCAUUCAAACCCAAGCAGACUGUUGACGACUCCAACGACUCCAUUGACUAUUGGCAGAAGACAUUGCCUAAACUGCGUCCACUUUCUGCACAAUUUAGGACACAUGGCGAACCCCCAGCUUCGACCUCUCCGGCUCCUCAAAAGCCUACAAAGUCUAUCUACGAGUCUCGCUACGCUUGUUAA